CCCCGGAUGUUAGCUAUUCGGAGAGAAAGACGAAAAGAGCGAGAGAGAGAGGCGGAGAAGCUAGGAGACGCCACGGACAAACUGGUAAAGGGAUUGCGGGUCUCAAACCCACGAUAAACACGGAGAGCUGUGGCUCGUUUCGAGGAGAGAGAGGAAGCUGUGAUCGAAAAAGGAGGGGAGGGGACGGCUAACUUUGACAGACCUGCACUGGCCUCCAGUAGCGGACACGAGCCCGGGUUUUGUUUUUGAGUGACGCCGACAAAAACCGUGAUCUGAGGGAGCCCCUGCAUUCUCGCCGCACCGGAUCAUCACCCCUCCUUCGCCGCCGCCGUUGCCGCCACUCGACCUGCCACCAUGACGUCGGAGCUGGAGAGCAGCUUGACCUCCAUGGACUGGCUGCCACAGCUGACCAUGCGGGCGGCCAUUCAGAAAUCGGAUGCCCAGAGCACUCACGGGCCGGGCAUGGCUAAGAAGAGUGCUCUGCUGGACCCCAACACCACACUGGACCAGGAGGAGGUGCAGCAGCACAAGGACGGCAAACCACCGUACAGCUACGCCAGCCUCAUCACGUUCGCCAUCAACAGCUCGCCAAAGAAGAAAAUGACACUGAGCGAGAUCUACCAGUGGAUCUGUGACAAUUUCCCCUAUUACAGGGAAGCCGGCAGCGGGUGGAAGAACUCAAUACGGCACAAUCUCUCGUUGAACAAGUGUUUUCUCAAAGUGCCUCGCUCCAAAGAUGACCCGGGAAAGGGUUCGUACUGGGCAAUCGACACAAAUCCAAAGGAGGACACGCUGCCCACACGACCUAAGAAGAGGCCACGGUCUGGAGAGCGGGCGUCCACGCCGUACAGCCUGGAAUCAGAUAACUUGGGAAUGGACUGCAUCAUCUCUGGAAGUGCCUCUCCAACGCUGGCAAUCAACACUGUGACUAACAAGGUGGCAUUGUACAACCCUGACCAGGACGGGAGUGACAGCCCUCGAAGCAGCCUUAACAAUAGCCUAUCUGACCAGAGUCUGGCCUCUGUUAAUCUCAACAGUGUGGGCAGCGUACACAGCUACACACCGGUGACAAGUCAUCCAGAGCCGGUGUCCCAGUCCAUGAGCUUGCAGCAGGCCCCUCAGUCCCAGUACAACAUACCGGAACGCGACAAGCAGCUGCUCUUCUCUGACUUUGAAGAUCUCAGUGCCUCCUUCCGCAGCCUUUACAAGACUGUGUUUGAGCAGUCCUACAACCAACAGGGUUUGAUGGGAAUGCCCUCGGAGUCGUCCCAGCAGACCCACACCUCCUGCUCUUACCAACACUCCCCCGGCAGCACCAUCAGCACCCACCCUCACAACAACCAGAACAGCAUCACUAACUCUCACCCCAACAACAUCCCCAACAGCGGUAGCCAGGUGCCUCUCUCCCACCCCCCUCACUCGGCCCACAACUCGCCCCAUGGACAGCACCUUUCCCAGCAUGGCCCUCACACCCAGCACAGCCAGCACCCGCACACGGCGCACAGCCAGCACAGCCAACAUCCCCAGCACAGCCAGCACGGGCAGCAUCCCUCCCAGCACCAGGCCCACGGCCAACACACGCCACAGCAACAGCAGCAGCAGCACCAGAAUCUCUCCCACCAGCCUCAUCCUGGCCAGCAACAGAUGCAGUGCAACACCGGUCUUCCCAGUGACUGGUACCCCAACCUGGAUGCGCUAAAAGAAAGCUGCCGCAUCGCCAGCAGCUACAACUGGGCUGAUGUUGAUCUGUCACCCUUCCAAGGUCUGAAAGAGAGCAUGAGGCAGGCGGAGCUGAAUAACUGGUCUCUCGAACCCACUCAGAUAGCAGACCUCUGCUCCUCCAUCAAUCAGUUCUUUGCUCGCACUGGAAUCCAGCCACAAGGGGCAGUGCAGCCUCCAGUGUGCCAUGGCUCCAUGCAUCCAAACAAGCCCAGCCCACACAUCAACACAGGAAACAUGUAUAUGGACUCGAGACAGAGCUUAAGUUCUAUGAUGGGUCCGCCAGGAUAUCCUCAUAUGCCGCCCAUGAGCAGCGCUGGCCCCACUAUGACAGGCCAUCACGCUCAGAUGAACCAGCAGCAUAUGAUGCCUGCUGGAAGCUUCCAGAUUCGCCGCAUGCCCGCCGACGACAUCCAGGACGACUUCGACUGGGACUCCAUCGUCUAACCCAGUCCCCGAGAGCAAAGAGUGGUGCAGACAAACGAGAGAGGAGCGUAUGGAGGCAGAGUGUUUGUGUUACAGUGCAAGAGGGCUGGACCUGAGGUGUCUGCAUGCCCGUGACAGAAGGCAGAUUGGAAUGGGACACUUAAAAAAUAGUGCAGGUGUUGUUCAUUAUGACAUGAAAGAGACUCCUGUGUUCCUGGUGUUUUUAUGAAACAAAAACAAACAAAAAAAAGAUAUUACUUUGAAGACAAUCACAUUUACAAGGACAUGUUUAAGUGAUCGCUUUUAUGCUUGUCCAAGGGGCAAGUGGUUCAUGUUUAUAUCAAAAGGUUUCCCAACCCACAGCCUCUCUACAAACCCGCCAAGCUCGCCCCUGCUCUUCAACUGUUGUUCAGUGAAUUUUCGAGUGAUUACGUCCAGCUUGUUCUCCCCUCUCAUGGUGACUAACUCAGGCCUUGACCGCCUAUCAGACAAGAUUGGCUCCCUCAUUUGUGUUGUGAAACUUACUCUGCGAUGCCGGGCACUUUUCAGAAGAGGGCCAAUGGUGCAGGUAUUGUGACACUCGAAGCACCUGCCAUUCUUCUCUCUGGUCAUUCAGGCACAAGUAGCCCUUUUUUUGCUCCUCCGACCUUACACACUGUAAAAUGCUAAAGUCGCCAUGCAUCCAAAUCCGACGCCAGCAGAUUUGACUGAUCGUUAAGGCUCAUAACGAAACGUGUAAACCACAUUACCUGCAGUAUUUGUACUUGUGUAUCUUUGCUGUCUGAAGUGUGUCAUGUUUUUUGUCACUAAUAGUUUUAGGCAAGUCUGAACGUGUGCGUCAGAAAAUGAUAUCGAUCCAGACCUCACUAUUCCUCAUCGCUUUAAGUUUGCAUGCACAAUCCUCAUUCUGUUGACCAUCACCCGUCAACCUGUAGUCUCCCGAUCGGAAAGCUCUCAGGACCUGCCAUUGAAAAUGUCCUGCGUUGUUUAGGAGUGAUCACCUCCCUGACCGGAGGUUUGUGGGACACCAGAGAGCCCUGUUCACGUUGCGAAAUCAGCCUGCUGUGUGGCUCUUUACAGCAGCGUGGAGAAGGAAAUGGGAAUCAGGUCAAGGCACAUUUGCUUAAUGGUCCGCAAUAAAAGAGCCCUCUUUAUUUUAACGCUAGGACCAACCGACAUGAAAUCGCUUGCUCUUUGCUGCACUGACAAGGACUUUUAGCAGAGAGCGUACCUUCACUUUAGCUGUUGCUUUUGAAUGCUGGGUGUAGUGUAAUAGUGAGAGAAAGGAGAUGACUGAAAUGUUUAGAUACACUAAUAGCCUUAUUUUGGAGGAAUGUUAACUGCUACUAAGAAGUGGUGCAAAGUUUAAAAUCACACACAUUCAGACUGUCCUUCAAAAAAAGAAACGAAUGCAGGAACUAGACAGUAACUGCAUCCUGAUCUAUCAAGCGUAGCACCCUAAAGCAACUGUCACUGUAAUUAGCAUCCUACAGUCUAUAUUUUGAGAAGUUUAGUUGAAAGUGUCUGCUAAGUUAACAACCACAGUGUCAUGUUAUUAUAUCAGCGAUUUUAUGGAAUGUGUUUGUGCAAUAUAAUUAAUUUAUGGCUAUCAGUGAUUACAAUCAUCUCUUUUGAAGAGCACAAAACUAAUGCACAAGAUCUGGACUAGAAUAGCGGAACCCAAAUUAGAAAUAGGUCCAUGCUUUUGACCUUCAGCAGGGUUUUUCUCGGUGAGAAGUAGCACUUCUUUUAGACCAAAUUUUAGAGUGCAGGGCUGAUUUAGAAAAGCCAUAAAACGCGGUUGAAAAGGGAAGGAGUAGAUCUGACACCUUGGUCUCCUUGGUUUUCAGUAGUUUUCAGUCAUCUUUAUGGGUUUUGUUUUAUUAUUCAUCAAAGUGUAAGUGCUAAUAGACUUGGAAAAGUAAAAUGAUCUUAUGACAAUCUUUUAUGUUUUUUUGUAUUUCAGUAUUAUAAACUCUUAAACAGCGCAUUUACACUAGUCGUUGAAAUGUUUUGGCCUUUGAUCCCUAUGGCCCUUAAUGUCGUAAACCAAACCUUUAACAGUUUGUCGUAUGUCCUUCACGAAAACACACAUUUAAACCUCAAACUCAGAAAGGAAAAAGAAAUUAUGGUUUACAUAAAGAAUAUUUUUAAGACCAUUAAGAUUUGGAGUUCUGACAUUUAAUUAAAUCUCCCAUCCAAAAUUCUCAUUACUGUGAUCUGUUCAGACAUUUUCUUUUUGUA